AUGAAAAGAAUACCAGUCCUUCUAAAGGAAACACGAAUCCUUUCAAGAAGCCAGCCCAGUAGCGAUGUGCCGGAUACCUUUGGGGGUUCCGGUACCGAGGGCAAUUUUGAUGGCGGACUGGUUGUCGCAAAAGAGUUGGUGGGUUUGGUGAUGGAUAUCGCCAUGGCCGAAGCAAUGAAGAUUGACGGCGUCAAGACGAGACAAAUUGCAGUCAGUCGUCUGGGACAGAGAACGGAUAGAAGGGUGGAUAUCAACAGAUCUGAAGUCGUAUAUGGUUUGAUAAUCUAUAGAGUGAUCAUCAGGCGGAGAGAGAGGAAUAAGGGUUCGGACGCGAGGCUCGGUGAGUCAGAGGGCUCGGGAGAAAUACUGAAGGGACUGGGGGUUCACGGUGUCGGCAACGAGCUGCGAGAAUGUAUUCAUCCAGAUGAGUUAGAAUGGACGGAUGGGAUGUCGGCAUUGGUGUAG